CACGCACCCAGCGCCGCGCCGCGAGCGGGGGCCCCCCCGGAGGCGACCCUGGAGAACAACCUUUCCCUGCCGCUGCUGGCGGCUCCCGCAGGGCUGGACCCGGGCAGCUGCGUCGCGGAGCAACCCUCGCCCAAGGGGCUCGGCUCGCCCGCCUGGUGCCUGCAGCCGGAGCCGGCCCCCGGCCUGGCGGGCAGGGGCCAGGUCUCCUGGAAUAAGUGCGGCCCGGGGGCGGACUGGCUGCCCGGCGGCAGGCAGAAGGUCUGCGAGCAGAUGGGGUCCGACGUGCGGGACCUCAACGCGCUGCUGCCGUCCGUGCCUUCCUUAGCGGGCAACGGCAACUGCGCCAUGCCGGUGAGCAGCGCGGCGCAGUGGGCCCCCGUCCUGGACUUCCCGCCGGGAGCCUCCUACGGCUCGCUGGGGCCGCACUCCUUCAUCAAGCAGGAGCCGAGCUGGAGCGGCUCGGACCCGCACGAGGAGCAGUACCUGAGCGCAUUCACCGUGCACUUCUCGGGCCAGUUCACGGGCACGGCGGGCGCCUGCCGCUACGGGCCCUUCGGCGCGCCGCCGCCCAGCCAGCCGCCCGCGGGCCAGGCGCGGGUCUUCCCCAACGCGCCCUACCUGCCCAACUGCCUGGAGAGCCAGCAGGCCAUCCGCAACCAGGGGUACAGCGCCGUGGCCUUCGAGGGCGCGCCGAGCUACGGGCACCCGCCCGCGCACCACGCCGCGCAGUUCAGCGGCCACUCCUUCAAGCACGAGGACGCCGUGGGCCAGCAGACCCCGCUAGGUGAGCAGCAGUACUCGGUGCCGCCGCAGGUCUACGGCUGUCACACCCCCAGCGAGAGCUGCGCGGGCAGCCAGGCCCUGCUCCUCCGGACCCCCUACAACAGCGACAAUUUAUACCAAAUGACCUCCCAGCUCGAAUGCAUGACCUGGAACCAGAUGAACCUGGGCUCCACGCUCAAGGGCCAUACAGCAGGAUACGAGAAUGAGAACCACAGCGCUCCCAUGCUGUACAGCUGUGGGGCCCAGUACAGAAUACACACGCACGGCGUUUUCAGGGGCAUCCAAGAUGUCCGACGGGUGCCUGGAGUAGCUCCAACGAUUGUCCGAUCAGCAAGCGAGACCAACGAAAAGCGGCCCUUCAUGUGCGCCUACCCUGGCUGCAACAAGCGAUACUUUAAGCUGUCCCACUUACAGAUGCACAGCAGAAAGCACACUGGUGAAAAGCCCUAUCAGUGUGAUUUUAAGGACUGUGAACGAAGAUUUUCUCGUUCAGACCAACUCAAACGGCACCAAAGGCGACACACAGGUGUAAAACCCUUCCAGUGUAAAACCUGUCAGAGAAAGUUCUCCAGAUCUGAUCACCUGAAAACUCACACCAGGACUCAUACAGGUAAAACAAGUGAAAAGCCUUUCAGCUGCCGGUGGCCCAGCUGUCAAAAAAAAUUUGCCAGGUCUGAUGAAUUAGUUCGUCAUCACAACAUGCACCAGAGGAACAUGACUAAGCUGCAGUUGGCUCUUUAGACAGUUCAGACAAGGGAUUAAACCAGAUGGGACAUUAUGAGCUACUGCAAACUUUCUCAGCCAUCUUCGGUCACCUCUGUCAGAAGGCUGCGGCCGUCCUCGCAACGCACUUGGCACAAGUUAACUAACCCGUAGGAUUCUGCUCACCCUUGUCUGCCAUUUUGACUGAAAAAUUUCCUAUUCAAUAAGUUUGAGAGAUUUUUAUUUGUGACUUUACUAAAAAGCGAGCAAGAUUUCCACAGUUUCAGCAUCACUAUAAAUGACGCUUACUUUGGAUGUCUGCUUCCAGUUUCCUGCUUUAAUUUUUACUUGAACUUUCCUAGGUACAUAUUACUGUACCUUUCUCAGUCCUGCCGUGAGUAGGGUGCCUGUCCCAACUCAAGGUAAGCUUUAUGCUUGCUGCAUUUGUGCAUAUGCUGAAGUUUCCAAACGUGAGCUAUCCUACGACAGAACAGCCAUCUGAGAUACUUUUGGUAACCUUUGUACUUGUACUGCUAAAGCACAAGCUUUUAAAGCCGGGAGCUCAGCUUUUGAAUUUCACAAAUCUAGCUUUUUUAAAGAACAUAUUUCUAGAGCAGCUAAAACUAGUUGAACCAAUACCUCUCUGUACAGAAAACAAGAAUCUUACCAUGAAGUUAACUUGUUCUUUAAAUAAUCGCAUAAUUGAUCCCUAACAACUGAUUUGUGUGUCAAAUAACUCUCUCUUUCUCUGUCUCUUUUAAAUGUAUUGGUUUAAAUUUAUUCCAUCAUGAGACRUAUAGAUCUCCUUUACGCAAAACUAAUUCCAAUCAUUGUAGACAUUUGGGAUUCGUUUACAAUGUAAAGCCACACUGGUUAUGUGGCUAGCAAGCUGUAUAAACUUAAAACUGAACUUUAAUGGGGCUGGUCCAGGAUCUCCAUUAACAGAUUACUCUUAAGAUAAGUAACUUAAAAAGACUCUUUGUCAAGUAUAUGUGAAAAAGACAUUA